GACAAGAUUGGAAGCCUGCAGAGAUCACGGAAGCUCCUUGGAUACUUUGAGGAAGCUUUAUGUCCAAAUUCCCAGGAGCCUUCGGUCGUCGCUAAAUGCCACCCGGAAUCAGCCGUCCCGUCCUCAGGAACCUGGAGGACCUGUUCGUGCCGGCGCUGCGGAGCUGCGGCAACGUCGCGGAGCUGAAGAGGGUCCACGCCCGCAUCGUCCGGCGCUCCCUGUCGCAGAGCAAUUUCCUGGCGACGAAGAUGGUCGACGUGUGCGACCGAUGCGGCGAUCUCGGCUAUGCCAUUUCGCUCUUCAGGAGCGCGGCGGGCCCGAACGUGUUCCUCUACAAUGCCAUCGUCAGAGCCUGCGCGCGCAACUUCGCGUACGGUCUCGUGUUCGCGGUGUACAGGGAGAUGCUGGAGGACGGAAAGAUUUCGCCCGACGAGUUCACGUUCCCGUUCUUGAUCAAGUCGUGUGGAGGGUUGGGGAGUGAACAUCUGGGUUCGCAAGUGCACGCCCAUGUGUGUAAAUUCGGGGCGGCAGGGCAGCUGGUGACGGAGAAUUCGUUGAUAGACAUGUACGCCAAGUUCGGGAAGUUGGAAGAUGCGUAUAAGGUGUUUGACGAAAUGCCUCAAAGGGAUGCCGUCUCGUGGAACGGUCUCAUUUCCGGGCAUGUUAGGUCGGGAGAGGUGAUGAGGGCGAGAGAAUUGUUUGAUGAGAUGCCGUGCAAGACUGUCGUCUCUUGGACGACGGUGAUUUCCGGGUACUCUCAAGUCGGCUGUUACGUCGAUGCCCUGGAAAUUUUCAGGCAAAUGCAAACGGUUGGUGUUGAACCUGAUGAGAUAAGUAUUGUAUCCGUCUUGCCAGCUUGUGCACACCUAGGAGCUCUCGAAGUUGGGAAGUGGAUUCACAUGUAUGCAGAUAAGCACCGGCUUCUCCACAGGACUUGUAUUUGUAAUGCUCUGAUGGAGAUGUAUGCAAAAUGCGGUUGCAUCGAGCAAGCGAGCCGGUUGUUCAAUGAGAUGAAGACGAGAGAUGUUAUUUCUUGGAGUACAAUGAUUUGUAGUUUAGCCAAUCAUGGAAAAGCUCACGAAGCAAUUGAACUGUUCCAAGCUAUGCGAAGAGCAGGGGUUGAUCCAAAUGGUGUCACAUUUCUCGGUACCCUCUCAGCAUGUGUACAUGCUGGUCUAGUAGAUGAGGGAAUGGAAUUAUUUUGUUCAAUGAAGAGAGACUAUGAAUUAGAACCAGAUAUCGAGCAUUAUGGCUGCUUGAUAGAUCUUCUCGGGCGCUCGGGAUGUCUCGACCAGGCUAUGGAUGUGGUACAGACUAUGCCAAUGAAACCAGAUUCCAAAAUAUGGGGUUCUUUAUUAAGUUCUUGCAGGACUCAUGGCAAUCUUGAGAUGGCCAUUGCUGCAAUGGAGCAUCUGAUAGAACUGGAACCGGAUUUCACAGGGAAUUAUGUAUUGCUGGCUAAUUUAUAUGCAGAUUUGGGAAAAAGCGAAGGGGUUUCGAGAAUGAGAAAGCUCAUGAGAAAUAGAAACUUGAAAAAGCCACCCGGAGGAAGCUCAAUUGAGGUGGACAAUAUGGUACUGGAAUUUGUUUCGGGCGAUAAUUCCAAGCCAUUUUCAGGAGAUGCAUAUAGGAUGAUAGAGCUGCUGGAAUUGGAGCGGAACCUAAUAUUACAAAGAGUUCAAGCUGAUGUUCAUUGAACUCCUAAAAUCACUUUUGAACUUAGUGAUGGAAAGAUAAUGCAUUGCUCAUGCUGCAUUAGAAAUGUUCCGA